CAGCAGUAGCAGCAGAGCAGCCAGGAGGAGCAACUCUGACUGGUAGCAAUGGGAAACCCGUGGAUCACCAUAAUCCUCACUUUAUAUGGACUUCAUAGAGGAGCUUUUUUAGAACCAGGGGUGGCCAGUGGGCAGACGUCUGUGGAGGCUUGCUGUAGGAAUGGGAGAGCCUUUGGUCUGAGCAAUCAACACUGCGCUUCCCUUCCUCAUAUAUCCCAUCCCUACCCCUGCAGGGUGAUUCAGGAGCAGUGCUGUGAUGCUGCAGUGACAGACAGUCUCUGUGUGAAGGGAAUAGAGAGCGCCAGAAGACGAGGAGUGUGUGAGCGCUCAUCCUUUCAGGGAGAUUCCUGCAAAGUCAAGACAUCACAGAUGUGCUGUGAGUGCUGUACGUUAGGGCUGCUGUCCCGGCGAGAUUCAGGACUGUGUGAGCUGCAGAUAUCUGUCAGUGUGUCCUGCAGGAGUGUGGCCCGGGCCUGCUGUGAGGGGAAACAGCACACUUCUCUCACAAAGGAAACACAAGUAUUUCCUGCUCCUGGAAACAAAGAUUCUACACGAAGAACCGAUUUGUGUGCAGAAGGUGUGACGAGAUGCUCUCAGCUGUGUGUUGGGAAUGGCUCCUGUGUGUGUCUGAAGGGCUACCACCUUAAAUCUGAUGGUUACACCUGUGAAGAUUAUAAUGAGUGUCUGGCGGGUGUUCAUAGCUGUCGGCUGGGGGAGAGGUGCAUUAACACUGAGGGCUCUUACCGCUGCCAGAGAGAGGCCAGCUGUGGAACCGGCUACGAGCUGACUGACAGCAACACCUGCAAUGAUAUUGAUGAAUGUCUGGUAGGAACACAUAACUGUGGACCUGGGUUCAUGUGCCAGAACACUCCCGGCUCAUUCCGCUGCCAUCCAAAACAGCAGUGUGCCACGGGCUUUUUGCAGGAUGCUGUUGGGAGCUGCAUAGAUAUAAACGAGUGCGUGAGUGAGAACAGCCCGUGCCAGCCCGGGCACUCCUGUAUCAACACAGUGGGCUCUUACACCUGCCAGAAGUUUACAGUGAUCUGUGGACGAGGAUAUCACCUUAAUAAAGAGGGGACACACUGCUUGGAUGUGGAUGAGUGCAGUGGGACACAUGGACCCUGCCACGGCCACGACUGCGUGAACCUCCUGGGUACCUUCCGCUGCGAGUGCCGCUCUGGCUUUACGUUUAACAGCAUUAGCAGAACAUGUGACGAUACUGAUGAGUGCAGAAACUUCCCUGGACGUCUGUGUUCACAUAAAUGUGAGAACACUCCCGGGUCAUUUUACUGCAGCUGCAAUCCUGGAUUUAGGCUGGACCGGGAGGGCAGGAACUGUGAAGAUGUGAACGAAUGCGAGAGCAACCCGUGUAGCCAGGAGUGUGCUAACAUCUACGGGUCCUAUCAGUGCUACUGCCGCCGGGGUUACCAGCUCAGCAAUACGGACGGUGUUACAUGUGAAGAUAUCGAUGAAUGUGCUUUGUCAACUGGGGGCAAAGUUUGCUCCUAUCAUUGUUUUAAUACCCCUGGCAGCUUUCACUGCACCUGCCCUCCAACAGGCUACACACUGUCUCACAACGGACGCAACUGCCUGGAUAUUGAUGAGUGUACAACUGGAACACACACCUGCUCAGCAACCCAAAGCUGCUUUAAUAUACAAGGAGGAUUCCGCUGCCUGUCAUUCGAGUGUCCGCCCAACUACCGGCGGACAGCAGACAGGCGCUGUGAGCGUUUGCCCUGUGAGCCGAAUAGCGAGUGUGUGUCCCUGCCUCUCAGAAUCUCCUUCUACAACCUCACCUUCCCCACCAAUAUCCCCACACCUGCCGCUGUCUUCCGCAUGGGCCCGUCCAGCUCCGUCCCCGGGGAUGACGUCCAGCUAGCUCUUGUGGACGGUGACGUAGAAGGGUGUUUCACGGUUCAGAAGAUGGCUCAUGGUGGGGUGAUCUCUCUGCAGAGGCCGCUGGCCCAGCCCCGGGACUUCUUGCUCACUGUGGAGAUCAGACUGAUUCGCUACGGCACCGUGAGCCUGUUUGUGGCCAAGAUUGCUGUGUUUGUGGUUAAUGAGCAUCCCGGUCUGCCCAGGUCAAUACCUUAAGUAAUGGUCAACAGUAUGGAAGCCUAUUCCCACCACCUAACAUAAAAAAUGUAUUAAAGUGAAUAUUAAGUAAAUUGCUAUCUAAUUUUGAGAUAGCAUGUCAACAUAAUGCCUUACUAUCUCAAGGGAAUGAGAUAGCAUCCAAAAUAACAAGUUAGUAUCUGAAAAUAUUGAGAUAGCCUCUCAAAAAACAAGUUAGUGUCUGACAAUAAUGAGAUAGCAUCUCAAAAUAACAACUUAGUAUCUACAGUAAAUAUAAUGAGAAAGCAUCUCAAAAUAACAACUUAGUAUCUCAAAAUAACUACUUAGUGUCUCAAAAUAUUGAGAUAGUAUCUCAAAAUAACAAGUUAGUAACUCAAACUAUUUAGAUAGCAUCUCAACAUAAUGACACAACAAAUCCCCCCUUAUACUCCAGACAUAGUCUGGCAAAAUGGGUUUGGUUAUUUGUAUGAUGUCUAGCCUUGUAUGACAUGCUGUUAUCUGUAAAAAAAAAAAAAAAAAAAAAAAAAAAAAAAGAUUUUUAGCCACUUAGUACUUUCCCUGUUAGACAAUGGUACAAAGUGUCAGAAACCACGGUAGUAAGCAGUCAUAGACCACAAUUGGGUUAGGUUAAAAAUGUUAAUAUAAAUUAGAUUUUUGGCCUCACUUUGCCUGUUGGAAAAUCCAGGUCUUUAAUGGUUAAAAAGCUGGUCAUCCAGAUGAAAACAUUCCCUGUGCCGGGAAACCAGCACACCAGCAUAGUGUAUGUUGGAUUGUAUACUAUGGGUUGUAUACUAUGACUACAUUAUAUACAGCUGCAUUAUCCAUCUAAGUUCAGUACUAUGUGCUAUUCCUUGUAUCUCAGAUAGUUAUUUGGUUAUAUGCGCUGAUCAGAUUUUUUAUGUAUUUAAAAUUACUAAUUUUAUUUAGAACUAAUGAUAGAGGAUAUUCACAUUACCCUCAUCUACCUCAGGACUUGUUUGGCUUACAUUUCUGCUAAGAAAGUAUUGAAUGAAUGCCAUGUCGGUGAUGU